AUGGGUUAUCCUGAUAAUUUUGAAGGGUUCGUCAUCGAUUCUCAGUCGGAAUGGACCAAGUUUCGCAAGGCGGCAUUCAAUCCCCAGCCUUUCCAAGAUCGAGAUGUAGACAUAGCGGUCGAAGCAUGUGGCGUUUGUGGCAGCGAUGUGCACAAAAUCUCUGGUGGGUGGGGUCCCUGUUCUCUGCCUCUCUGUGUUGGACAUGAAGUUGUCGGACGCGUUGUUCGCAAAGGGCCCGAAGCCUCGACCGUUGAUAUCGGAGAUCGAGUCGGUGUAGGAGCUCAGGUCUCUGCCUGCCUGGAUUGUAGGAACUGCUUGUCCGACAAUGAGAACUAUUGUCCUCACCAGAUAGACACUUACGACAGCCCUUAUCCCGAUGGUACCAUGAGUCAGGGUGGCUACGCAGGCCAUAUCCGUGUCCACGAGUAUUUUGUCUUCAAGAUCCCGGAAAAUCUGGAGUCCAGCGCAGUGGCUCCCAUGCUAUGCGCUGGUAUCACCACGUAUAGCCCGCUGGUUCGUGCCAACGUUGGACCUGGGAAGAAGGUCGGCGUGAUUGGGAUCGGUGGCCUAGGACAUUUUGGAAUCAUGUGGGCAAAAGCGCUCGGAGCUGAGGCCUAUGCCAUCUCCCAUAGCCCUCACAAGGCUAAAGAUGCCCUUGCACUGGGUGCCAAGGACUUCAUCAGUACUAGCGCUCAAAAUUGGCAUGAGCCUUGGAAGUACACCUUCGACUUCAUCCUCAACACUGCUGAUGCUACAGACACAUUUGACCUCAAGACAUAUAUGAGCACACUGGCUGUUAACGGUGUGUUUCACAAUGUUGGCCUCCCAGACAAACCCUUGCCUACCUUGACGGUUUUUGACUACAUGCCUGGCGGAUACAGUAUGGCAGCCAGCCACAUUGGUAGUCGGCCAGAAAUGCUGGCAAUGUUGAAAUUGGCCAGUGAACAGAAUAUCAAGAGCUGGGCGCAAGAGAUCAAUAUCGGCGAGUCGGGUUGCAAAGAAGCUGUAGAAAUGGUUGAUCAAGGCAAAACUAGAUAUCGAGCAGUCUUGGUGGGAUACGACAAUGUGUUUGGCAAAAGAUACUAG